AAUUGUAGGUUGUAAUUUUUUCCAGUAUCGUGUUUCGAGUUGGCCUGAAAACAGUCAGUUAGGCAUUGUUAAUUCUUUCAUUAAAGUGUUAGUAACUAAUAACUACUAUUUAAAUAAUAUUUACCAGUGUGCACGUAACGUUCGUGAAACAUUCGAGGUGGUGUCAGGAAACAGGUGCAGUGAUUUUAGUGCAUUUUACAAUGAUGCAUGGGGUUGGGAGUGCAGCCUAUAAUUUAGAUCCUAAAGGAGGCUGAAAUGUCCUGAACAGUGUGUAAGCCAUGUCCCAAUGUAGAAAAUUCGCGCCUAAUAUUUUCAAUAAAACCAAAUGUACUAAUUGUUUUCGUCAAAAAGAGGAGCACUCUACAGAGGCACUGGAAUGCAAUCGGGCCAGCAGAAAAAUAACGCGAAGCGGUUAUCUCUUUGUUGCACCAGACUGGGAUUUCUCGGUUCCCUUAAACCGGACUAAGAGGUGGCAACGUCGUUGGUUUGUUCUGUAUGACGAUGGAGAGUUAAGUUAUUCUGUAGAUGAACACCCGGACACGGUACCACAAGGACGGGUUGAUAUGUGUCGGGUGAUGGAAGUGACGGGUGCGGAACAAGUAACCGGUCACCCUCACUCCCUUGCCUUAACAUGCCCAGACCGAGUGACUUUUAUCAAAGCAGCAAGUCGCGAAGAUGCUCGAGCUUGGGCCGAGCUUCUUGCUGUUUUUCCUCGAAGUCACAAGCGUCAUGCGACGUUUCCCGGAGGUAGAGCUUCGCCCUCCUUGCCUCAAUUAGGACGUAGUUCAUCGCCUCAACCUGGACGACCUCGCCACCUUUCAUGUGCUUCUGCUCGAACGACGACUUUCCUCACUCCACCCUUGAAGGAAGAAAAGGAGGAAAAAAGUGAGGUAACCAGUGGUGAAAGGAAACAAAAGAAAGCAAAGGCCAGCCUAUCGAUGCCACUGCCGGUAAAUACGGAGAAAAUUUCGUUACUUACAAAAUCGGAGUAUAUCGUAAGUAGCGGAUCGCCUCCUACCCAUGAUAAACACCAAACAGAAGAAAAAACACUGGCAAAACAAGAUUGGCAAAAUGAACGAUUGCGAGACAUUGCAAACGCCCUAACCGAAAGGCGAACGCCAGAAGCCAAUUUGGCACCUUUACCCGCUGAAGGAUUGCUACAUUUAAAAAAGGGAUGGCUUUGGUUACAUUCUGAAGAUGGAGGAAACAGUCAAAAACGUUGGUGGGUUUUAUGUGGACCAACAUUAACUGCUUUUAAAGAUCAGAACGAAUCUACGACGCCCGAAGUUCAAAUAGAAUUGAACGUAAUUACUGGUUUCAAAGAAGUCGCAACAGAAACUCGUUACGGAUUUCAGAUAGAAUGGAACGGCAAUAUUCUUUUGGUUAGUGCAGCCACUUCAAAUAUUCGAAGUAACUGGUUACAAUCUUUAAAAAAAGCAGUCGAUUCAGUUUCCAUUGUUUCAAGUGAUGUACCAGAUGGAAAAAUGAAUUUCACUUCGUCAAUUCCAGCAGCCUUGGAAAGUCCACUCACACCAAAUAUUCAAAGUCCUCUUAGGUCCAUAUUGUUAUCAAGCGAUGAAGAAUAUCGGACGGCUUCUGAAGGAGGUCGAAGAGGUUCGGAAGAUUGGGGUGAAGGUCCACCUUCGCCACCGUUAACGCGAUCGUCGUUGUCUCGAGUAAAAGAACGGACGCGUUCAAGACCACGCCUACCUCGUGCUCAAUCUCGUCAGUCAACUGUCGAUAGUGUAUCAACUGACGAACUUGACAGUGCUAAAGAUGUAAUUAAUCUAGAAUUGAGAAAUUCAUUGAAUCGUCAAGGUGCUGAAAUGGACGACUUGAAGAAACAAUUAAACGAAGCCACCGAAGAAGUGCGUAAUUUGGAAAAUCAGUUGGAAAGAUUGAAAAAAGUCCAUUCCGAGUGCCUUACAAGAGAAAAACAGACUCAUGACUUACUGUUAAUGUUCGAGAAAACCGAACAAGAAUUAUACCAAAGAAUAAAACAGGUAGAAGAAGAACAUUGUAAGGAACAAGAGUCCUUAGAACAACGACUGAGUGAAGCCAAAGAAGCAGCUCAGUAUGCAGAAGACAAGUGCAGUUCUUUAACUACAGACCUCAAAAAUAAGCAGUAUCUCGUCAGAACCUUGCAAGAUGAACUGGAAAAUCUAAACGAAAGAUUAUUAAAAAAUCACGAAGAAAAUAGUAGUCUUUCAAAACGAUUGCAACAUUUUGAAGUAGGCAAAACUGAACGAAUAUCGAGAGCCAAUUCUUUAACCGACUUAACAUGUAUUAAUUUGGAUAUAAACUUAGAAAGUCUCGAUCAAAAUGACCUAAUCGAACAAUACCUCGAUUUAAAGAGCAGGUUUGAAAAAGCAGUCGCCGAAAUCAAAGCUCUCAAAAGGGAACUACGUGAGGCUAAUACAAAAUACGACGACAUUGAAUUUCAAAACGUCAAUCUUAGAAAAAGUUUAGAAAAUGCUCAAAAGGAAGCAGAGUCCAACGCAGUUUUCAUGGCAAUGCGUGUGCAAGAUCUAACUAAUAAAUUACUAGCAGCUGAAAAGCAAGCACGCACAUUAAAAACGAAAUUGCAAGAUUCAAGAGAAAAGCGCCGAUCAUUAUCAUUGAAAGGAAAGGAGACUUUAAAUACAAAUAAAGAAGUAGAAGAAAAGCUUGAUGAACUCGAGGCAAAAGUGCUCACACUCGAACGCAUCCGCACCAAAAGAAAACACAAACGUGAAGUCAGUAGUGAACGAGCUUCGCCUAUAGACGACCGAGCAUUAAGAAGACUUAGGCGAAAAUCACUAGACAGUUCGAUUGCUGCAGAAUCAUUGAGGGCAAUCAUGGUUGCUAACAAUCUUGAAUCUAAAAUUGGUGAUAAUAUUGGAACUCAAAUGUCCAACCCCCCAAAUUACAAUAUAAAAUCGCUGGACGAUACUAAAACUUUCGAAACGAAAAUAAACAUAGCAAGGACAAAAUUGUACGACUGUAUAAAUCAGGUACUUGUUUUAAAAGGUUCUGGGAAGAAGCGAGCAUCUUCUCCUAGUAAAGAUAGGUUGAGCGUUUUAGAAGCUGGUUUAAACGAUUUGAAGAAUGUUUUAGAAGCAUUUGCCAAUGUAUCCGAAUCAAAUACUGAAGAGAGUGUGAUCGUAUCAUCGGCUACCAGUAUUGUUCAACAGUUUGAGGAAAUUUUGCGAACAAAACUCAUCGGUUUAUCGAAACAGAAACGUAAAUUGGAAAAAAUGGGUCAAUUAAACAAUCAUACUAGGUUAGAGCUUUUGGCGGAAAAAAUAGUUUUCGAAAAUAUAUUAAUUGCUCGAAUUCAAGAAGCUUUCGAAGUAAAACCUUCCAGUGACAUAAGUUGUGACAGACUGUUGGUAAAAGAAGCCAUUGAAACGUCUCAUUUGUUUACCGCAUUAAAUUCAAAAUUAAAUGGUGUUAGCAAUGAGCGAUAUCCAGCCUGCAAAACCGGAGUUGAGUACCUUAGUAAAAUACUGGCAAAACGGUUAUUAUUAGUUUCUGAAAACUUUCAAUCUACCCUUUCAACCCAUCAGAGGUUCAAACCAUUAGCAAAUAGCUUAAAAACUGAACAUAAACUGCUUAAUUUUGAAGUAGAACGUUAUAAAAAGGCGAAAUUGUCUCAGUUAGCUGAUGCGUUAGCUGCCCAAGCGGUAAACCUCAGUACUGACGCAUCCUGUGAGUUGCCUGUACUUGACAUUAACGACUUGGAGGAGAUUCGAACAAAAGCAAAGGAGAUAUCUAGUAAUGAACUGAUAGAGGCAGAAAUCAAUCACGUAUUAAUGCGAUCUGCCCAAAUAUACGAGAGUACUCUUGCAUCUGACAAUGCAUUCUUCUUCAGCUUCUAUGCAAGUGAACGUGCCGCUCUCGAACUUUGGAAUGACGCCGUUGAACAAUACCUACGUACAGAGAUGCAACAAAACGUCCAAGAUCUUUGCGAACAAUUUAGGGAUAGUUGCAUGAGAUUACAACAAACUGAGGUAUCAAAACAAGAUCUUGAACGAAUGUCUUCCGAAGCGAACGUGUUGCUUGUCGAAUUUGCAGAUGUGAUUGCUCAUAAAGCACUCGUAGACGCUCGGAUCGCCGUUCUAACUGGCGAAUUUGGUUCGCGAUCGAACUCAGAAUACACGACUGAAUACUAUUGUGCCACAAAUUUGUUAAAGUUAGACGAAUUGUUAGAUAGUUUAAGCAGUUUAGAUUUGGUACAAAUUAACCAAAAUGUUGAGGCAGAGUUCAAAUGUAUGUUAAGUAACGCAGGUGAGAAAUGUCGUGAUACCAUCGGUGGCUACGAUCUAGACUCGGUUAACAGCGUUCUGUCUGAACUGGCAAAUGAAGUUGAUCGAUUAAAUGGAUGUGUGGGUAACGUUCAAGAACGAGAGAACUUAAACGGGAAUAAUCUGCCAUGUGCUAAUUGGAUGGAAGUGUGUGAGAGAUGCCACCGAUUAAAAAAACAACUGAUCGGGAUUAGGAAAUGCGUGGAAGGAAAAGAAUGGAACAGGAAUAGCAAAAAAUUAGAUACGAAUGAAGACUGCUUUGGUUCUCGCGUGAACAUGGAAUACAUUACUCAAACGGAAACGAUCCGUUCGUCAUUCCGACGUGCUCUCGCCGCUUGUGAUAACGUGCAACACCAGGUAGAGCUGCAGCAGUUGCAAACCCUUUGCGAACGUGCACUUCACGUACUCGAACAGUGGCAUCGACAAGCAGUAAACAAUAUACGAGAAGAGCACGAUCGCGAACUGGCUGUCCUACGCCAGGACAAAGAGCAGGCGCUUGCAGAAGAGACUCAGGCCACGUUGGCCGCACUAGACGCUAUGAGAAAGGCGCACGAAGCAGAGGUGCAGCGUGAAGUAGCCAAAUUUAAACAGACUUUCUCGCGCGAACAACAGAGGGAGCUGCUCGAUUUGACGGAACGCCUAUCGGUCAAGUGUUUGGAAACGGCCGCGUUAGAGGAGCAACUCGGCUGUGCCACGAAGCAGCUGGCGCAAGCCCAUCAGCACAUUUUACAGCUGAAGCGAAACCCCCAGCUCUCUAGCUUGCAGAUUCUACUUUUUUAGAACUGACGGCGUUUUCGCUGGGUACUAAGAAAUAAGAGAAUCAACUAGUCUACAAAACCUUAUUGCAUAUUAAUUUUAUAUUGAUAAUAUAGUUUAUGAUAUAAUCCAUUUUAAAAUCAUUCACCGUUGUGUAUAGAUCAUUGCACUCAUUUUUCUUCCCCCUCCCCCCUACCCCUUCAUUCGCCAAUAUACGUGUAUUUCCCGUAUACGUGCAUGUUUUUUAUUUUGUUUUUUUUUUCUCUUCAUAUAAAUAUAUAUAUCUUUAAUUGUAUCCAAACACAAUGAUGUACAAAAGUGAUAAUAGCAAUUAUUUUAUGCGACAGAUUUUGUUUAUACCAUGUGUUGGGUUUUAUGGAGUGUUUAUGAUGAUAAUAGUAGAAUUCGUAAAUGUUAUUAAACAAGAAUUUUUUAAAAGUUUUGUUCUCUUGAUUUUACACGUUGUUGAAUUAGAAUGCUCUUUCAUCGUUUUUAUAGUUGAAUCCUGAACAAAGGUGAAUGUGCAUUACGUACAUACAAUACAUAGUGAAAUAAAUUUUUAGUAUUUGCAUGAAUAUUAUAAUUAAACGAUUUAAAUAAAUGUUGUUCAGAAAG